AUGCAUCGAACCAAAAAGAGGUCAAUUGGGACCUCUCUAAAACAAACAGAACUCAGGACAGCGAUACCCAGUAAAAGGAAACAUCAUAAGGUGCGAUUAAAAUUCGAAACGAUCCUCAGGGGACUCCGAAGCCUUAGUCGCAUAGUAAUACUGUUAGUAUUAGUACAAAAUGUUCAAGCCAAUCGCCCGCCACGUUUCAUUAUUGAAGGCCAAUCGGAGAUUGUGCUGCGUUUGAAAGAGAGUCCAGAGACAGAAGUUGGUACCUUAAUUUACACCCUAAAGGGCUAUGAUCCCGACAAUGAUCCCCUGACAUUUGGCAAAAGGCCAUCGGCCGACAGUGAAGUAAUACGCAUCGAAAACAAAGGUUCCAAUGAGGCCUAUGUUUAUUUAGCCAAAGAAUUGGAUAGAGAAACUCAGGAUGAAUACUCAAUAGUUUUAACGCUAACCGAUAACCACUACAACGACUACAAUUAUGUGACUCAAAGUUUCCUGCUCUUGGUGGAAGAUAUCAAUGAUAAUGCCCCAAUAUUUUUACCCUAUCAAAGUGCUAUUGAAAUACCGGAAAAUAGUGAACCUGGUAUUAUUACAUCGCUGGAGGCCAUCGAUGCCGAUGAGGGAGCCUAUGGUCAGGUGGUUUAUUAUUUGCAGGAAUUGGAGGGCGACAAUGAUAUAUUUGCCAUUACCACAAAUCAGGGCAAAGGGGUGUUGAGUUUAACCGGACAAUUGGAUUAUGAGAGUAAGGCCUUGUAUCAAUUAAGAGUCUUGGCAGUGGAUCGUGCCAAUCAGGGUCCAGUGAAUACAGGGACGGCAGCUAUUUUGAUAAAAGUCAAAGAUGUGGAAGAUCAACCACCGGAAUUUGUGAAAGUCCAGCCAGUGGCGAGAAUAGCCGAAGAUGCUCCUGUGGGAACGAGGGUAAUGCGCGUCCUCUGUGUUGAUGGAGAUCGUGGUAUUAAUAAUCCCAUAGCCUAUGAAUUGGAAUCGAAUGAGUUGUUUGCCAUUGAGCGUAACACGGGUUGGAUAUAUACAAUACGGGAGUUGGAUCGUGAGGAUCCCAGUAACCAAGUGAAUGGAGCUUAUAUUUUGAAAAUCACUGCCAAAGAAAUAUCAAAGAAUCCCCAUGCCUCGCCGCAAUCGUCCCAGGUGAAAACAGAGGUAACCAUUAUUGUGUCCGAUGUCAACGAUGAAAUUCCCACCUUCGGAGAAUCCAUCUAUCGCUGUGAGGUCAAUGAAAAUGCCCAAUCAAAUACCCCGCUGAAUUUCAUUGAUGGAGACAUUCGCCAUUUUGUCUACGACCGAGAUGUGGGUAAUAAUGGCACAUUUCGUCUAUUUUUGGACCCACCCAAUGAUCUCUUUGAAAUCGUACCCGAUAUCGCUGUGAAUGAGGCAAGCUUUAUGAUCCGUGUCAAAAAUCCCAAAGCUCUCGAUUAUGAACAGUUGAAGGAGAUCAAUUUCACGCUUUUUGCCCGAGAAGUCGAUGAACCGAGUCGUUACUCCUCGGCUCAUAUACAAAUUUUCAUCAGAGAUCAAAAUGAUAAUUUUCCAGAGUUUUCCCAGAAUAUAUACAAUGUUUCACUGGCAGAGAAUAGUGAAAUAGGCACCACGGUGGCCAAAAUUGAGGCCAGUGAUGUGGAUUCGGGUGACUAUGGGACAUUGGGUAUAAGAUAUCUUAAUCUGAGGGGUGGGAUUGCCCAUUUAUUGCAUUUAAAUCCCAUAAACGGCGUGGUUACCAUCAAACAAUCCGGUGGUUCGGCAUUUGAUCGUGAAAUCGUAUCACGACAUUACAUGACCGUUGAAGCCAUUGACAAUCUUGGUCAGGGAAAUCGCAACACUGCCCAAUUAAUAAUUAACAUUGAAGAUCUAAACGACAAUGCUCCCACAUUUCUACAACGUCAAUAUGAAACUACGCUGCUGGAAAAUAAACUAGAAUUCGAACACCCCCUACAAUUGGAGGCCCGUGAUAAUGACUUGAAUGGCACAGAGAACAGUCAAAUAACCUAUGAAAUUGUUGAAGGAAUGUAUCGUGCAAAUUUCUCCAUAGAUCCAGAAUUGGGUAUUCUUCGGCCACUUAAUCCCUUCGAUUAUGAACGUUUGGUAGAACAUAAACCCCAUCACCACCACCAUCAUCAUUCACUGGAACAGAAAGCCGAUAAGGGAGUUCGAGUUCUAGAUUUAAUGGUGAGGGCCCGUGAUUCCGGCAUCCCAAUGUUAUCGACCGUUGUCUCUGUACUCAUCUAUGUCCAAGAUAUCAAUGAUAAUCCACCCAUAUUCCUGAAAAAUUUCUAUUCAAAAAGUAUACCCGAAGAUUUGGCUGGUGGUAGCUCCGUGCUGCAAGUCGCUGCCAUAGAUCGUGAUGGCUCGGCGCCAAAUAAUGUUAUAGUUUAUCGCAUUCAGUCCGGAGCCCAAGAUAAAUUUGUAAUUAAUUCGGAGUCGGGUAUUAUAUCGGUGGCUCAUGGUGCUAAUUUGGAUCCAGACUUAACGGAAAAUAAAACAACUCAAUACAGUCUGGCUGUGCUUGCCAUUGACGGAGGCAUUGGAAGUUCCCAGCUAAUGAAUACGGCCACCGUUAAUAUAACCAUUAAAGAUGUGAACAACAAAUUACCAAUUCUUGCAGAAUUACCAACAAUACAAAUUAUUGAAAAUACCCCGGUGGGGACGCAAAUCUACAAAAUCGUAGCCAAUGACUCCGACGAGAACCCGAUAAUACGUUAUAAAAUUAAUGCCCACAAUUCGGAGGCACGUAACGAAGAGGGUACGAUAGUAAAACAAAGUGAAUACGAUUAUAUAUCCAUAUUCGAUUUGGAUCCCAUUGAUGGCACCCUACAACUGAUGAAAUUAAUCGAUCGGGAACGUGUCGAACACAUAAAACUGGCUAUUGUUGUGGAGGAUUUGGCUGCUGCCAAGGGACGGCAGGUGGUGGAAAGUUUCUUGACCAUACAGGUAGCCGAUGAAAAUGAUAAUAAUCCGAAAUUCAAACAGCCAUUCUAUAAGAAAUCCAUAACUGAGAAUAGUAUGAAUGGUGUGUUGAGCCAUGUGAUUGCCAAUGAUAUUGAUAAGAAUCGUACCAUAACCUAUAGUUUGGAGGGUAACCCCUUGAUACGACAAAUGAUCCAUAUGGAUUCACAUACCGGAGAAAUUGUGGUGGCCAAUAAAAUCGAUCAUGAACAAUAUCAAUGGUUGAAUUUUUCGGUGAGAGCCACCGAUUCUGGAGUACCGCCAAGAUCUUCACUGGUCGAUGUGUUCGUCUCGGUCCUAGAUGAAAACGAUAAUAAUCCAUAUUUUAUUGGUGGCUCAAAAAAUUACAGUAUUAGUGAAUCGGCGGUGGUGGGCACUCGAAUUGGUACCAUACAAGCGGCCGAUGCUGAUUCUGGGGAUUUUGGAAAAAUCACAUUUCUAAUGGAUCGCAUAAGUUCUCAGGGCAAAUUUUCCAUUGAUGCUGAUACGGGUGUUUUGAGUGUCAUCGACAAAUUAGAUCGAGAGGCAAAGGAUUUCUAUAUGCUGGUCAUUGAGGCGUGGGAUAAUUAUCAAUUCGGAUUUUUGGCUGGUGAAAGUCGUAAUGCAUUCAAGCAGGUUUUUAUUACAAUUUUGGAUGAAAAUGACAAUGUUCCUGAGGUAUCUAUGCCCUCAUCGUGUGUUUUGAUAACUGAAUAUCAUGAAUUGAAUGAAAAAAUCGCCACCAUCAAAGGCAAAGAUGCCGAUGAUCCUCAAACACCAAACGGAAGAUUGGAAUUUAAAAUAACCAAAGGAAAUCAAGAGGAUUUAUUUGAACUGCGACAGAUUGAUGCCGGAAUGCACACAUGUUAUGCCCGAACAUCUUUACGCAAUCGUUAUGGGAAUCAUUCGCUGACAAUAACAACACGCGAUUUAGGUGCACCGCCAAAUAUCGUUUACCAAAAUACUCGACAUUGUAUAUCCGAUUUUAAUGAUCAUGCUCCAGUGUUUAUACAACCGCUACACAAUACAACCGGUGCGAGUUCAGAAAAUGCCACAAUACGCAUCGAGGCCUAUGAUCAGGGUUUGCCGACCUCCUUGAGCACCGAUUUGGAUUUGACCAUUUACAUACGUAAUAAGCAUGCCCCAAAACUCCAACUGACGUAA